AAAGAGAGAGAGAGAGAGAGAGAGAGGAGAGGGAACUGCUGUACAUUCACAUGGUGAUGACAGGAAGAGCGAGAGACGUAGAGAGGAGGUGGGAGACAGAUAGUUUUGUAGCGAUCCAGAGAUAGUCAGAGUGCGACGGGCUGCACACCGGGGCGAAUCUCAAAAGAGGGAGGACAAAGAAAAAGAAAAAAGAACACAAACAGUGCAGGCUUUUUUCUUUCCUCUUUAGUCAACCGGUCAAUCGAAAGACUUCGAACAGACCAGGGUUUUUUUCAACAGUGACUCGGAAGACUGAAAAAGGACAGGAGGAGCGAAAGGAAAGCGAGCGUCCCUGCUGUGGGAUUUAGGUGAGGGUCGGUUGUCCCGGGGUGAGGGGGUACAGGACUCGUCUCGCAUUCAGAAUGCUGCAGACUAUUUAUGAGAGCGAGUCGCGCAUCCCUGCUGAGUGGCUCAGGAACCUCCUGGAUACAAACAGCAUCUCAAGCAGUGUGAUUGGCUCAGGAUCGGAGGUGUUGUCCCCGGUGGGCAGGUCUGAGGUCAGCAUGCCAGAGUGGGAACGAGACUCAGAAGAAUGGGAGAGGCAGCUACAGAGGGAACUACUGCUGAUCCAGAGGCAACAGCAGAUCCAGAAGCAGCUGCUCAUCGCCGAGUUUCAGAAGCAGCAUCAGGCACUACUGCGACAGCACCAGGCUCAGCUACAGGAGCAUAUCAAGCUCCAGCAGGCUUUGCUGACCCUGCGGCAGCAGCAGGAGGCUCUCGCCGAGGAGCGCACCCCUGAAAUCGAGAUCGACGAGGAGAACGAGGAGGUGCAGGGAGAGGAGCUGGAGCGCCACAGGAGGGAGCAACCUCAACACCAGCAUUUCAACCACAGGAAGAAGGAGCGCAGUAAAGAGAGCCUGGAUCUUUUUCCUUCAGGUGCUAUGGCCAGCACAGAGGUGCGACAAAAACUGCACGACUUUCUGCUGAAUAAAUCGGCCAAAGACACGCCUUCAUCUGGUCACCCGCUCAACCAGCGCGCCAAACUCUGGUACAUCACCAGCCAGCACAUGUCCAUGGAGCAGAAGUCCCCCCCUUUAGGAGAGACACCUCCUACAUUCAAAUCCCCUCUGCCCUCUGGCCUGGACACCAGGGAGGAGGACUUCCCCCUCAGGAAGACGGCGUCCGAGCCUAAUCUUAAGGUGCGCUCACGGCUGAAGCAGAAAGUUUCCGAGAGGAGGAGUGGCCCUAUCCAGCGCCGCAGAGACGGCAGUGUGCUCGUCACGCCACCCAAGAAACGUCCGCUGGAGCUCAGUGACUCUUCAGCCAAUGACAGCUCGCCCAGCUCUGGGCCCAGCUCUCCUAUUGGCUUAUGCAGCAACGAGAACGGUGCAACCUACCAGGCCGGCUCCGCCCAAAUCGAGAAGUAUUUGCCACAGGGUGGAAUUCUGAAGGCAGACGGAUCUCUUGCUCUGCUGAACCUUUACACGUCACCUUCCCUUCCGAACCUCACCUUAGGACUCCACUCUGGCCCUUCACCAAUCAGUCCUGCUUCAUCGGUGAAGGAGCGAGCAGGUGAGGCAAACUCCGUGUCAGCCGCCUCACGAGAGCCGAAGGUGAACACCAGCCAUCAGGCUCUGCUGCAGCACCUGUUACUGAAAGAGCAGACCAGACAGCAGAAGAUGAUCUCGUCUGGCAGUGGCUCGGUUCUGCCCCAGUCUCCCCUGGUGAACAAGGAGCAUUCGGGCGGAGGCUCUCGCCCCAGGCAGCCUCGGCACCGGCCUCUGAACCGGACCCAGUCGGCACCGCUUCCCCAGAGCACAUUGGCCCAACUCGUCCUCCAGCAGCAGCACCACAACUUCGUGGAGAAACAGAAGCAAUACCACCAGCAGGUUCACAUCAACCAGAUGCUGUCGCAGUCCAUUGAGCAGCUGAGGAACCCCACCGCAUACCUUGAAGAGGACGAGGAAGCUAGAGGCCAGGAGCUCACGCUGCCCCCUGCUGGAGUCAUCCGUAGCCACAGCAGCAGCUGCAGCAGCAUUCAAUUAGAGAGCAGCGUCCAGAGCGAGACCCCCAGCGCCCAGACCAGUGUGAUCAGGGUAAAAGAAGAGCCGCUGGACCCUGAGAGCAGGAUGGAGGAAGGGGGGCAGGACAGAGGUGCGCCAGGAAGAAAGGAUGAGAGAAAUGAAAGAGAAGAGGAGACGAUGAGCGAGGUCAAGUCUGAACAGAACGUCGAGAGCAUGACCGAGACGGACGUUUGAGAAAGAGAAAGAACGAUAGAGCGAGUCAGACAGAAGGAUAUAACGAGAGAACGGUUACACUAGAGAUUUUGAGCGAAAGGAAAAGAAUGAAGAGAAGAAAAAUGAAGACAGUAUGCAGGAGUUCAAGAGAAUGAAUCCAGAGCUUUUCCCAUACUCUUUGCCUCACGUUUCUCAUCGCCUUCUUCUUGGAUCUUGUGAUGGUUAGAAAUGUAUGAAAGGUAUGAUCAGCAGUGUGACAGAUCGUGAGGAUCAGCUCUAGCAGUCUAACAUCGACAGAAAUCACAGUGUGAAAUAUUUUGGAAUCGAGUGUCAAUUUUUAGCCAGGCAUCAUGACAGCAUUAUUGUCAAUGGUUUAUUAUUGUCGGUUUCUCUAUCCGGAAUUUUUUCAAUGCGGCCAUUUUCAUUUUAUACGCAAAUAUUCCAGCACUGAAAUGUAUUAUGAUGGAAACUAUGGACAAAAUCUAACACGAACAAAGCCCACAUGUAGAUCUAUCCCGUAAUUAACUGUAAGAAAGAAGUUAUUUUGGGAAUUUCAUUUUUGGAAAAAUAUCUGCGAAUGUUGGGAACGAAACGUUAAGGCUACAAUCGCAGGGACGUUUCCAUAUCUGUCCGAAACAUGCUGAUACACACAAUUGCCAAACUAUCAUAUUGGUUUUGAGAUCUGGUGAGUUCCUACGUUCUUACGAUUCAGUGAGACCUCAUAAGACUCUGUGGAUGUGGGGCGGAGUCAAUCUCGAAGAGACCACACCCCCUAUCAUGCUAAAAGUAGCUAAAACAAAGAUUUUUUUAUUGAUUUGUGACGAUACUUUUUUUUGAGCAAUGAGUUUUGAGGUGACGUUUGUGCAUAUGAAGACUAUAGAUUAUGAGCUGAGAGAAUUAGCUCUUUAUUAAUUCCAUCCUCCCUAAAAUCCAAGGUUUCUCUUAUUUGCUGAUGUGUUUGAUGUGCAGAUCAACACAUUAAAAAAGUUCUGUUUGAUCUUU